UAAUUUCUUUUAUGUUCCUAACUUCACAAAAGGUGCUUCCUCAUGUCAACUAAAUUUCGACUCAAGUGCGAGUGCUGCAGAGGAAAUGCCAAGACCUAAUGCCAUCAAGUUCCAUCUUCCCUAUCACCUGACUCCAAAGUCAGAUAAAGCCAAGUAUAUUUAUGUAGCCAGAAAUCCUAAAGACUGCUGCGUUUCCUAUUUCCACCACAUGAAAAAUAUCCCUGGUCACGGCUUCAGUGGAACUUUUGAUGACUUUUUCGAACUUUUCAUUUCUGGAAACAUAGACUACGGGGAUUAUUUUGAUCACGUUCUUGGUUGGUACGCUCACAGGAAGGAUUCAAAUGUACUUUUCUUGACUUAUGAGCAAAUGAAAGAAGAUACAAGUGGUGCUAUUUUAAAAAUGGCAUCGUUCAUUGAUGACUCUUUAUACGCAGAACCUCUCCGAAAUGAUCCGGAAAUUUUGAAUAACAUAUUAAAAUUUAGCAGUUUUGAUUACAUGAAAAAUAAAGUAAACAAAAGUAUGGAGGAACUGACAUCAAUGACUAAAGAAGAAAUAAUGAAUUCUUCUCUUCCUAGCCAACUGAAAAAGUUGUUCACUUCUUUUGAUCGUCCAAAACCGGAAAAAAUACAAAGGAAGAAAGAUGAAAACAGCGGUUUUGUACGAAAGGGAAUCAUUGGCGACUGGAAAAACUACUUUUCUGAGGAGCAGAACAGACGCAUGGAUGAGAAAUUUGCUGAGAAAACGAAACGCACCGAUUUGGAUAAUUUGUGGAAAAAUUACAUGUAACUAAUUUUCAAUGAUCUGAAACUAACAGAGGAAACAGAAUGAUCUCGUAGUUUUAGAAUACCUUAAUAAUAUGUGCAAUAAAUUAUUAUUAUUAUGUUUGAA